GUGUUCUUGUGUGUGUACUUAGAGUUGUGUGUGCGUGUGUGUGUGUGCUUAGAGUCGUGUGUGCGUGUAGACGGAGCGCAGGGCGGUGGCCGCCGGUGAAUGAAUGAUCAAAGCCUAUUUGAACGUGUGGUGGGCGGAGCGAGCUGUAUUUACUGUGCGUGGCCCCGCCCUAAAGGCAGCAGAUAGAAAAGUGUCCGUGGUCCGGUGGAGGGAUGAAACAAGUGGAAGAGGAUGUAUCAUUAACAAGUCCACGCUCUCUCUCACACACGCACACGCACACACACUCCUACACCGCGUCGCCUCCAUUUCCUCUCUAGCAUCCAUCCAUUAUCCAUCCAUUCGUCCUCCGCGCUCGCUCACUGAUCCUCUGCGGUGGUUGCUCCGGAGCUCCAUGGCCGCGACACUCACCAUGAGCAGCGGCGGCGGGCAGGAGGAUCCCUUCUACCCGCUGCAGAAGGCGACUCUCCCGGUUGUGUUCCCUCUGGAGGAGUCGGCGUUGUUCGGCUUGGACUGCAAGCUCUCGGAGAAAGCCGGACAGGAUGACUACACACAGGCAAAAUGUGAGAUGGACAGAUAUCUCUCCCCGCAGCCUUUCUCCCUUCACCCUCCCGCAGACAACCACCAGAAGUCACACAGAGACGGUGCAUCUGUGGUGGAUCACUUCUUCACUGAUGAUCACACCGGCGCCCCCUACACACUAAACAUGAAUCUUUACCUCCCUGAAGUCGCCUACCUGAGAAUGGGAUUGUGUCAGCAGCCGCGGCCUCUACAGCACCAGAACCACACGGGUCUCACUCAAAUCAAAACAGAGUCCACCUCCCCCUGUUUUUCCCCCAACCUACAGCCGCACUGCCCCAACACUUCACCUUCAAAUAGCUGUAGCACAUCUGGGCACGGCCCCGGCGCUAUUGCUAUGGAAACCUCAGCCAUAAACAUGACACUAACAGGGUUACCGGACUUCACCAGUGUUUUCAGCCAAACUGGAGGCAGCCAAGGUGGCGAAUCAGUGCCAGAAGUGUUUGUCAAACAGGAAAUGACAUCACAGUUUGAGCCGCACGCUCUCCACCACCAUGACAACAGCGGCUCGCUGUUUCAGCUCCUAAACUCUGGCUUGGACCAUCCACACACCAACAGUAUGGAGGCUCAGCAGCAUCAUCAUCAGCAUCAGCAGCAGCAUCAGCAGCAGCAGCUACACCACACUUCCACAGUCCACGCACCUUUCCAUGAUCUGUCGGUAGCUUCCUCUUCAUCGCAGCAGGAGCAGACAGCCAAGCCUGCCUACUGCAGCCUGGGUGGGGAGGCCUACACACACCCCCACCCGCAGGCACACCCACAUUAUCUCCAGCAGCAGGUGCCGUACCUGCCGCCGUCUCCGCCCAGCUCGGAGCCCGGCAGCCCGGACAGGCAGAAGGAGCUGCUCCACACCAUGUCUCCUCCUCCGUCAUACGCAGCCACCAUUGCCUCCAAGUUGGCAGUCAGCACCCCAGGACACGCACCCGGCCCGGGACCAAGCAGCUUAGCCCUGCCUCUCACUUCAGGUCUCGCACCAGUCUCAGGUCAAGCGCCCGUUCUUCCCCAAGCCCCUGCAAUAACCACGACCCCAACCCCAGCCCAGACCACCGUUUCCAUACGCUACAGCCGGAGGAACAACCCAGACCUGGAGAAACGGCGGAUCCACCACUGUGAUUAUCCAGGCUGCAAGAAGGUCUACACCAAGUCGUCCCAUCUGAAAGCGCACCUCAGGACUCACACGGGUGAGAAGCCGUACAGGUGCACGUGGGACAGCUGCGACUGGCGCUUCGCGCGCUCCGACGAGCUGACUCGUCAUUACAGGAAGCACACAGGCGCCAAACCCUUCCAGUGCGCCGUCUGCUCCCGCGCCUUUUCCCGAUCCGACCACCUCGCCCUGCACAUGAAGAGACACCAGAACUAGCAGCAACACACACACACACACAUUAAAAACACACACAAACACAUUACAAAAUCAAAAACACAAGCACUAUCCUGACACACAUAAAGCACUCACUCUAUCAAAAACACUAAUGUUACAAGCUGCCUGAUGCAGCUUCUCACUGACGCCACAGCUCCUCUUGGUGCUGCUAUCAUGUGCUAAACCCCCAUCCCCCCGUACGAUAGCCUAAAAAAGAGAGAAAUGUGUUGCUCUGCACGUACAGUAGAGCACGGACAGUUUGGAGGUUGUAAUGUAGAGAAAGGCGACGGCCAGAAUUCCCCUGGUCCCAUUUCCUCCAGAUAUACUUAGUAUAUGUUUCUUUUGGAGGAAUAAAAACAGGAAAAAUAGUACCAAAAAAAAAA